CUAUCGUUUGCGACCUGGCCCCCUCGCCUUCUAGCUAAACCUAUUUCCUGGGAGUUGUAAACGCUCGUUAUCUUGUUAGCUAGCAGCUCGACAACCGCAUGCUUGUCUAUUUGUUAUAGUAUCACGCUGGAUAUAUUUAGUUAGUCGCAUUAACCGAUUAAUUUAACUGGUGUAUCGACAUUAACGUCUUUGCUUACUUUAUUCGACAUCUGUUAACCAACUUUAAGCAAGCUAGUAAUAACAACGGACGGAUAUGUGGACAUUUAGACCGUUGAGGUGAAGAAGCUACCCACGGAUAUGGUGUGUCGAAGCAGCGAGGACGCCAUGAAGGUCCACAUGCACACCAGGUUCUGCCUCCUGUGUGUGGUCACGGUCCUGUUCCAGCAGUGCAGCCACUGCCACAGCAAUGGGCACCACCACCAUGACCGUGCCCAUGCCCACGAUCACGGCCAUGCCCACUCCCACGAGCACGAGCACGACCAUGACCACUCCCAUGACCACGAGCACGAGCACGAGCACAACGACCUGCAGAUCUCCCAGGCGCCCUACGUGCAGGCAGGGGGCACCGGCGAGGCGCCGGGCACUGCGGAGAGCGAGCAGCACUUCUACAUCCAGAAGCUGUUCCACCGCUACGGCCAGAGAGACCGGCUGGACUUCGGAGGCUUCCAGAACCUUCUGUUGAGCCUGGGUCUGGGAGAGGUGAAGGUGGUGGGCCUGGAUCACGAGGAGCUGGGGCACGACCACGUGGCCCACCUGGACCUGCUGGAGGUGCAAGAGGGCCUCCACUCCCACUCCCCAUCCCAGUCGCACCCCCACGCCCACCCGCACCCGCACCGGCACCCCCACCCGCACGAGGAGCGAGAGGAGACCGUGCCUCAGGACUCCUCCCCCUGCAAACAGAAAGCAGCAGGGCCAACUGCCUACCCAACCACUGCACCCGCCAGCGACGGAGGCAACCAUGACCACGACCAUGACCAUGACCAUGACCAUGACCACGAUCAUGACCAUGACCAUGACCACGACCAUGACCAUGAAGCUGGCGGCAGUGGCGUUGACCAAAAGAAGCAGCCUCACCAUCGGCGCAAACGGCCGCACGUGCAUCACGGACACAAACACAAUGGCACCAGGGGCCAGCCAGCAGGGCCGCAAGGACAGCCUGCGCAGCCAGGACAGCCUGAGGACGCUGCGCAGUCAGGGCAGCCGGAUGAUAUCACGCAGUCAUGGCAGCCGAAUGGCACUGCGCAGUCAGAGCAGCUGGAGCAGUCGGAGCAGCCUUCAGAGGCAGCACUGCCCCGAGACUCCAAGCCCAAGAGGACCAAAAGACCACUCAAGAACAAAAACCCUCGCAACAGAAACAGAGGCAGCCCCACCCCCACUCUGCCCUCGUCUGCCCCAGGGGAUUAUGGGAAUGCGGGGAAAGCAACAGAGGACCAAGACGGCACCAAGCAGCCCCCCAGUAGCCACGAGGAACAUGACCACGAACGUGAACACAGUCACGACCACGACCGUGACCACGAUGGGCAUGCGCAGAUACGGCGGAGAGAGGCCCCCAGCAGCCCCACAAACUCCGCCCCUGCCCUCCCUGCCUAUCACCACGACAACCUGGAACACCACCAUGAGGAGUGUCUGAACCUGACCCAGCUGCUGCACCACUACGGGCUGAGUGCAGACUCCCUCAUCUCUCCCACCACCUUCACCUACCUGUGCCCCGCCCUGCUCUACCAGAUCGACAGCCGCGUCUGCAUCCUGCACUACCACCAGGUGGACAUAGCCACCGCCCUGGAGCCCGCCCACUCAGGCUGGAUCUGGGUGUGGGGCUUUGUGUCCAUCACCAUCAUCAGCCUGCUGUCGUUGCUGGGCGUGAUCCUGGUGCCCAUUCUCAACCAAUCCUGCUUCAAGUUCCUGCUGACCUUCCUGGUGGCACUGGCCGUGGGAACGCUGAGCGGCGACGCGCUGCUCCACCUGCUGCCACACUCCCAAGGCCAGCACGACCACAGCCAUGAGGGCAACCACUCGGACCAGGCCCGGGACCUGGUGGAGGACUUUGACGGGGUGUGGAAGGGCCUGACCGCCUUGGCGGGAAUCUACCUGCUCUUCAUCAUCGAGCACUGCAUCGGCAUGUUCAAGCACUACAAGGACCAGGGGGGGAGCUUGUGCAGGAAGAGGAGGAAAGGGGAGGAAGGCAAGAUCGGCAGGAAGCUGUCGGACCACAAGCUGAACCGCCGCUCCGAUGCCGAGUGGCUGCACCUCAGGCCGCUCAACGCGGACGGGGCUGACAGCUCCUGCGACAGCAAGCACAACGACACCCAGCUGACCGUCCUGCAGGACCCCGACUCCCCCAGCAAGAAGCCCCUGACCCCGCCCCCCCCCGAGAGCGACCACGGGGGGGCCCACUCCCCGGCCGCCGAGAACGGCAGGAAGGCCAAGACGAAGAGGCACGGCCACUCCCACUCCCACGGCCACUCCCACGGCCACGACCACUGCCACUCGGACCAGGAGAUGAAGGACGCCGGGAUCGCCAGCAUCGCCUGGAUGGUGAUCAUGGGCGACGGCAUGCACAACUUCAGCGACGGCCUGGCUAUAGGAGCCGCAUUCAGCUCCAACAUCACGGGGGGCAUCAGCACGUCCGUCGCGGUGUUCUGCCAUGAGCUGCCCCAUGAGCUGGGUGACUUUGCUGUGCUGCUGAAGGCCGGGAUGUCUGUGAAGCAGGCCCUCGUGUACAACGUGCUGUCGGCGCUCAUGGCCUACGUGGGCAUGCUGAUCGGCACGGCGGUGGGCCAGUACACGCACAACGUCACCAGCUGGAUCUUCGCCAUCACCGCCGGCAUGUUCCUGUACGUCGCCCUGGUCGACAUGCUGCCCGAGAUGCUCCACGGUGACAGUGAGGACCACAAGCGCUGCCAGUUCGGCCACUUCCUGCUCCAGAACGUGGGCCUGCUGACUGGCUUCGGCAUCAUGUUGCUCAUCGCCAUCUUCGAGGACCGCAUCGUGCUGGACUUCGGCUUCUGAAGGGGGGGGGGGGCGCCUUGCCUUAAAGCGCUUCCGUGACACAUAGUGCCGUCCCGCAUGAGCUGCAUCCAGCACCCCCUGCAAAGCCUCCGUGUCGGGGAGAGGUUUCCAUGCCAACGCGUUCAUCUGACCAGUCCUUUCUCCUGUCAGUCAGUCCAGGUGUUUGCUCCAUCCUGUUAAGUAGCUUGUGAAGUCUCCCAAGCCCCUCCUUCAUAACAGCAAGUCUGUGGUACCACCCCCAUCAUUUCCAGCACAUCAGAGGUACUGUGUUUAAAAAAAAAAACCAAAAAAACAGCCCACCACGGCCAACACUGCCCUCCUGCCUAACCCCUAUUCUCACUCUCUGAUCGGCAGCUGCCUUGGCUAAACGGUCCAAUUUCCAUGUCUCUGAACCUCGCCAGUCCUCCUGCUGUGCCAGGCUAUAGAAUAUUAAAAGCCUUUUGAUAGUUCAGUUCCAGGCAUUUACAGCUACCUGUCAGAGCGGCUCCAAUCAGCCCCCCCACCACCGCUGAUCAGCGAGGAGUCCCAGAGAGCAGGGAGUUUAAUUACGCCUCGGCCCCCGCUCCCCCAGCACGCUCCGCUCCAGCAUCUGGCCAGCCAGCAGGAGAGACGUCUGGCAGAGGAUGAUAACCUCAUCAUCCCUCCCAAACCUCCGAUCGGGGUCGGCCGCGGGAAUCCCCCAUCCACCUUUGGGUUCCUCCCCCCUCCCUCAGUAAAUGUCAGCGCGGUGACGCCCGCGGAUCGGAGUCGGUUUGGACGCAGGUGCCCUAAACCCAUUUGCCGGAGGGGGGGCCGGGUCUCCACCUGCAUCCCGCUCCGACCAUCGCCGCCGGGUAUCCGCGGUUACGCUGCGGUCGCUAAUUUUGGAGCUGACCUAUAGUCUGAGCUCAUCGAAUGCUGGACACGCAAGCUUCUCACGCUCCAACGCCUGGGGUAUCUCUCAUCAGUGUUAAAACCGAAACCUGCCAUGGCCAAUGGCCGCUUAAAUACACCUUGUGGAGAUUCAGUAUUAAUUGGUUAUUUCGUUUUUAGUUUUAUUUCUCGCCCCUUGGUAUUUUGGGGGUGGGCUGGCACUAAACGAGAACGUGGACAGGAGCGGUUGGGAAUAAUGAGCUACAAAGCAGUGUUAUACAGCUGGAACCAACGGGGAACAGAGAAUCAAAAAUGAAUGGUGUUCAGCUGCCUGCCUGGAUCCUGGCUGCUUUCACCCAGUGUAAGACCAUGUACCAGCGCUUUGGAACGUCAGUAGUUGACCUGUCUAAUAGUAGCUUUCAGUUGAGUAGAUUAGACAGGAGUCUGAUGUGAAAUGCGGUCUGGGCAGUGUGCACCAGGAGCUAGGUAUGGGUCUGGCUGACUGCUUCAGCAAAUGCUUAUGCAUUUGCCUUUAAUUGCACAUGUGGCUUUUCACUAUGUUGGGGGGGGAGUAUGAAAUUUGAGAGAUUAAUUUAUUCCAGGUUUUAGGAGAGGAUCCAAAAAUCAUAAUGAAAUAAAAAAGUGUGACACUGUGACUCAGCCAACAUCCUUUUUUAAUGUCAUUUCUUUUUUAAUGGUCUGGUGUCUUCCAUACUGUCUAGCCCUGUCGUCUGACUCGUGUUCAGAUAGUUAAACUGAAUUAUACUGUAAGAGAAUUUAAUUUCACAUUUUGUAAAUUGGGUUAAUUUGUAUUAUUAAAAAAACUCUAAAUAAUAUGUAACAUGCGCACACAAAGUGGCCGUGUGUUGCAACCGUUUUCCAGAAAGGGUAAAAUAAUGCAGUUAACCUUUCUUUAAUCAAGCUAAUCCCCAGACCUGGACCAACUUACUUUCUUCAAAUCAAACUCUGGCACAGCUACAUUUAUAGAGUCAUAGCUGAAUUAAUUAGGAGUUGUUUUCUUUUUGUUCUUAGUCGUGUAGACUAAAAAUAGUUUUCUGCUGCUUUUUAGAGCCAUUUUGUUUAUGCUAUUCUUACGUUCAUUUAAGCAAUUUGGGUGAAACUUCAUUUAAAAAAAGAAAAAGAAGAAAGGAGACCUGACAAGAUAAGAAAGCUUCUUAUACGAUGGCCCAAAUAAGACUCUGACAAUCCAAACAAGCUGUGUAUUUGGCAGAAGCGUCAAGUGGCUGUGCCCGUGUUGUUUAUCUUUGCUUCACGCCACUUUGUGUUGAGCGCAUCGUCAUCUGCAUGGUUAGCUGAUACCACUCAACUGAAACGGAAACCAAGGAGGAGCUCUGUGACACCAGCGACCGCUGAUACGAUGGUGAAAAAGGCCACUUCUUUCUUUUAUUGGUGUGCGUGACGCUUUCCAGAUGUGCCAAACGCGGCCCUUGCGUUAACCGCGACGCCGCCGCGUCUCCCUCCCUACAUUCCAUGCGCCGUUCCUGUCCGUCCGCCGUGCCCGAAGCGUCAUCACGGAGACCAGCCCGUGCAGACGGACAGACGGACGGACGGACGGACAGACGGCCUCUUUCGGUUCGCUGGAGUUCAUAACUGUGUGAAUUACGCCUGUCACUGUGUGACAACCAUAGUCUCGUCUCGUCGGGUGUAAAUCAUUGAGAUCACAUUAAACUAAUGUAAACUAGGUCGAAUCAAAACAUGCAUGAGGCAUGACUUAAGCAGGCAGACAAAACGUAACGCGUUUUGGUUGUAAUUUUUCUGUCAUUAAAAAAAGUGAUUGUGGUGUUUGAACAUCUUGUUUGUUUGUUUUUUUAAAAUACACAUUUGGGAUGUUUUUCUUAGGGGCCACAGUAACUGGAGGAAAUGGUUGUUGCUUCAAAUGCGCCUUUGGGUGUAUCUGACAAGCCUCAGAUUAACAGCAUAGUUACUCAGCCUGGCCAAUUUUUCCCUGAAUGUGGCCAAAACCUGUGACAGGCGCCAAGGGACUCUGCUGGUUAACACUGGAGACAGCAGUCAACAGUGGGUGGGGCUCCAAUGUGUCAAUCACCAACUCAAGCAAUUCCAAAGGUUUUGCCUUGCGCAGCAAAGCAAAACUAUCGGUUUACAUCAGUGUGCCACCGGUAGCGUACGAUAGCUCUGCCCGUUUUCUGUGAAUGCUCGCUACACCACUGUUGCCAGCGUCUGCCUCCAUCCUCCUAUCAGAGAAAUGCACUUACCACAGAACCACACUGGCUGCUGCCUGGAAAACAGCAGCAGUGAAUGGGCUCCUGAUAUUGAUAUUGUGAGUGCGGAAGCUUGCCAGAGUCAGCCCAAGGCACUAACCCUGGACCUCCCUCACGCCGCGGCACGGCUCUCGACAGCUGCCGCGUGCACGGCCCGUUACGACCCCUUCCAGUGCAGGUAUCCAUGCUGGAUGAAUUCCUGACGUACUGAAGGGGUUAAGAGGUCUCAACUAAAACUCGCAGUUACUCGGGCCCCAAAGAACGUCCUUACCUAAGCGGUACGAGGGUGUAAAUCUGCUGAAGUCAAAACAAUGAAGGUUCGUGUUUGUUCUGUCUUUUAAUUUUAGGAUAUUGUUUACAAACCUGGAUAUAUAAAUGUGUUCAAUGCAUUUGCCGUCUUCGCCCAUUGUCCGUUUGUGCUGGUUUCCCCACCCGUGGAAAAAAAAGGAAAAUAAAGUUUGCAGAGUUGC